AUUUUUAAAACAAUUGCGGAGUUGUGAAAAUUUAGGUUAUUAAAGUUAAUUUGGCGAAUACUAAUUAAAUAAAUAUGUCAGCUUUGCGGGCUAGACUCGGAUCCUCAACAUUAUGUGCACGAAAAUUUCUUCUACAGUCUGCAAACAAUACAAAACAUUUCGCGGCAAGGGUCAUAUCUGUUAAAACACAAAACGAUUCUUAUUUCGUUCGGCCAUAUUCGCAAAGACCAUACAGCACAGCAACAGAAAGCAAAACUGAAAAAGAAGUAUUGAAAGGAUCUUCAGAAAAGAAAGAAUUCCAAGCGGAAACACGAAUGCUUUUGGAUAUUGUCGCCAGAUCACUUUAUUCUGAUAAAGAAGUAUUUAUUAGAGAACUCAUUUCAAAUGCAAGUGAUGCAUUGGAAAAAUUUAGAUACUUGACGGUCAGCGCUGCGCCAGAGUCAAAGCAAUUGGAACAUGUUGACAGGCCGCUCGAAAUCAAACUCACCACAGACAAGCAGAAUAGGACCAUCACUUUCCAGGAUUCAGGUAUUGGAAUGACCAAAGAAGAGCUCACACAGAAUUUGGGUACUAUAGCCCGCUCUGGCUCCAAAUCCUUCAUUGAGGAAAUCAAGAAGCAAGGGGCUGAACAAGCUAGUUCUAUUAUUGGCCAGUUUGGAGUUGGCUUCUACUCUGCAUUCAUGGUUGCUGACAAAAUUGAAGUGUUCACUAGAAGCAGCAUUGCAGGUUCACCAGGAUUCAAAUGGAGUUCUGAUGGCUCUGGGAUGUAUGAGAUUCAAGAAGCUGAUGGUGUUCCAAUUGGAACUAAGAUUGUAGUCUAUCUAAAGACAGAUUGCAGAGAAUUUUCGGAUAAUGAUACAGUUAAGGGCAUCAUCAAAAAAUACAGUAAUUUUAUCAGCAGCCCUAUUUUAUUGAACAAUGAACAAGUCAAUUCUAUUAAGCCUCUUUGGUUAAUGGAGCCUAAGGAAGUGACACAGGAGCAACAUAUAGAGUUCUACAGAUUUAUUGGCAACACAUAUGACAAACCGCGUUUCACCCUCCACUACAAGACUGAUGUACCGGUCAGCAUACGGUCCAUUCUUUAUGUUCCGGAAGGCAAACCGGGUCUUUUUGAACUGUCCCGAGACUCGGAUGUUGGUGUAGCUUUGUAUUGCAGAAAAAUUUUGAUUAAAAACAAAGCGGAAAAUAUAUUACCCAAGUGGAUGAGGUUUGUUAAAGGUGUGGUGGAUUCAGAAGACAUUCCUUUAAAUUUAAGUAGAGAAUUACUUCAAAACAGCAGUUUGAUUGUCAAACUACGAACAGUCCUGGCAAACAGGUUCCUUAAAUUCAUGUGUGAUAGUGCCCAAAAGGAUCCGGUGGGGUAUGAUGCGUUUUACAAAGAUUAUGCUAUAUUCCUAAAGGAAGGAAUUGUUACUAGUCAGAGUUCGAUUGAGAAGGAAGAAGUAGCAAAGCUGCUUCGAUUUGAAUCGUCCAAGCUAGAGAAGGGAAUCAGAACAUCAAUGACAGAAUAUAACGCACGUCAGAAGAAUGAAUCUAGAACUAUCUACUAUUUAGCCGCUCCUAGUCGUGAGUUGGCGGAAUCAUCGCCAUACUUCGAAUCUCUGAAGAAGCGUGACAUCGAAGUGCUUUUCUGUUACGAUACAUACGAUGAGUUGGUGUUGCUGGAGCUAAAGGAGUUCGGCGGGCGGCAGCUCGUGUCCGUGGAGAGCGACAUGCAGACCGAGCCAGACACCAAGCAAGACUCCGUCAUAGGAUCCCAAGGGCUCCAGCAACCACAAGUCGAUGAGCUUAUCAAAUUCCUAAAGUCCAAAUUAGAUGGGAAAGUGUUCGACGUUAGAACUACACAAAAACUGGAUUCGCAUCCAUGCGUGAUCAUCGUACAAGAAAUGGCGGCGGCUCGGCAUUUCAUCAGGACCCAAGCGCAGAGCCUAAGUGAAGAAAACAGAUACGCUUUGCUGAGGCCCCAACUUGAAAUUAAUGCUAAGCAUCCUAUAAUCGAGAAGUUGCACAAGCUUCUUUCAACUGAUAAGGAGCUAGCUGAGAUGGUAGCUAAUCAGUUAUUCUCUAAUGCCAUGGUCACUGCUGGCCUCGUUAUGGACCCAAGAAACUUGAUCACGCACAUCAACGAGCUGCUGGUUAAAGCUUUAGAGAAACAUUAGUUACGUUUUUCUAGUCUAGAUGUUAAAAUUAUAUUAAUAUUUGCUAA